GGGUUUAUCGCCAUUUUUUGGGGGGGGUGUCCCCUUUUGGGGAGUUCUGGGUGCUGGGGGAGUUGGCACUGACACCCCCCCACACCUCCCCCAGUGUGCGUGGGGGUCUUGGGGUUCCCCGCCCCCCCACCAUGGCCCCCCCCCGGCGGGAGGUGAAGCGCAGCGGCUCCAUCGUCCCCUGCUUCCUCUUUGUCGAGCUGGGCAUCCUGGGGGGCACAGCCGCCCUGGCAUAUCAGCUGGAAUUCACGGACGCGUUCCCGGUGCACGACGGGGGGUUUUUCUGCCGGGACCCCGCUUAUGGGCGCCCCUACCCGGGCCCCCCCACCUCCAGCCGGGCCCCCCCCGCCCUCGUCUACGCCCUCGUCACCACCGUCCCUGUCCUCACCAUCGUGGUGGGGGAGCUACUGGGGCGACUGGGGGGGCCCCGGGGGGGCCGUGACCCCACCAUCCUCUGGGGUGAGUGCUGCUACCUGGGAGCCCCCCUGAGGCGGCUGCUGCGCUUUCUGGGCGUGUUCUCCUUCGGGCUCCUGGCCACGGCCAUCUUCGCCAACGCGGGGCAGGUGGUGACGGGGGCCCCCGCCCCCCAUUUUCUGGCCGUCUGUCGCCCCAACUACAGCGCUCUGGGCUGCGCCCCCCCCGCCGCCGCCCCCCGUUUCGUUCCCCCCGGGGGGGCUCCUUGUGCCGGGGACCCCCCUUUGGUGGCCGCCGCGCGACGGGCCUUCCCCUGCAAGGAGGCCGCGCUGGGGGCCUACGCGGGAGCCUAUGCUGGGCUGUACGUGACGCUGGCCUGGCGGGGGGGGGGCUCUCGGCUGGCCAAGCCGGCGGCGGUUUUGGGGUUCGCGGCCCCCCCGUUCCUGUUGGGCGCUCUGCGCGUGGCCGAGCACCGAAACCACUGGGGCGACGUCCUCGCCGGCUUCCUCACCGGCACCGGCAUCGCCGCCUUCCUGCCCCCCCCAAAAAAAGUCACUUGGGGCCUCCCCAAAUUCACUUGA